UGCAAAGGGCGGCAUCAUCAGCUUUCAUUUGUUUUUCUACUCUGCGGGUGACACACGGCGUCGAAUUUUCGUGUUUAAGAUAAUGGCAGAGAAGAAACAAAAGCAAAUCAGCAUGGCGGCAAGUGCAAUUGCUCUUCGUGGUGUCCGCCUCUUCCUCAAUGCUGGUAAAGCAGCAUCGGAGCGGAGAUCACCACCAGCACAACCAAAGCGGCGCAUCAAGACCGUGGUACCGAUAAAUAAGAUACCACAGCAAGCUCUAGAAAUUCUUCUAAGAGCGACGAGGUUUAGCAAGAAUGAAUUGGAGGCACUAUACACAAUGUACCGAAAACUGGUGGUGGAAGCUCAAGCGGCUGCUACGCCAACCAUCAUCGGACAACCUGUUCCUAAGAUAGAUGGCAUAGAUCAGAACACAUUCCGUGAUGUCAUGCAUAACACCUUUGAUUUAGUGACUGAGGAAGUAGUCCUAGACCGAAUAUGGAGUUCCUGGGAUCGGGGGGUAAAUGGUGGAGAAGGGGCUAUCAAGUUUGAGGCUUGGGCCAAAGGGUUAAGUGUAUUGUUACGGGGCAGUAACGACGAGAAACGAACAUACUGCUUCGGUGUAUAUGACCUAAAUUCGGAUGGGUACAUAACUAGGGAUGAAAUGUUUUUGUUACUCAAAAAUUCCUUAUUAAAGCAACCAGGGGAUGAAGACCCUGACGAAGGUGUGCGUGAUUUGGUUGAACUAGUACUCAGAAAAAUGGAUAUUGAUAAGGAUGGAAAAGUCUCUAUUGACGAUUACAGAGAAGCAGUUCAUCAAGAGCCUUUGCUUUUAGAAGCUUUCGGGCAAUGUGUGCCGGCAAGACGUCAUGCAGCAACGUUCCUAAAAACACUUUGUACAAAGUUAUCAACCUAGGGACUGGUGAUACUGCACUGAGAUAGAGUGACACACUGCAAAGUUCUCACGUUGAACGACAAUAGACAUUUGGAAGUAUAGACUUUAGUAAAUAUUGAAUCUACGCGAGACAUCUCAAAAUAUUUAUAUUAAGCUUUAGUACCUAUUAAUAACAAGACGUAAGUUUAAUAAAAUCAUUUUAAAAAUAUAAUUGUAUUACAUUAAUACUAUAAAUAUCUACGUUAUAU